UGCAUGUUCAAGAGCAAGUAAAAUAUAUACUAGUGUGCAAGUGUUUAGCACGAUGUUGUCGGAGCCGCCGCCGCAGCAGCCACGGGCGAGGUCGUUCGCGGCGGCGGACGUGGAGGAGCAGAGCGAGGACGAGAAGCGUUGGGUGGGCUGGGUGGAGAAGAGCCUGAGGCAUGAGACGGCGGAGGCGCUGGGCGCGGCGGCCAAGGUGUUCAGCGUCCCGCGCUCCCUCCGCGACACGAACCCGGACGCGUACGCGCCGCACGUCUUCUCGCUGGGCCCGUACCACCAGGCCCGCCCCGAGCUCAUGGACAUGCAGCGCUUCAAGCUCGCCGGCGCCAAGCGCUUCGAGAUGCUCCUCACCGGUGGCCACACCAUCGAGCAUAUCAAGGACCGCUUCCUCGUCGGCGGCCUCGAGCUCAAGAUACGGGCCAUAUACCACAGGUUCCUGGACCUCAACGACACGACUCUGGUAUGGAUGAUGGCCAUCGACGCCUGCUUCUUGCUCGACUUCAUCGAGAACUACCACCGCCGUGAGGCCACGGACGUGGUGUCCUCGUCGGCCAACUGGAUCAACGCCGUCGUACGCGACGCCAUGAUGCUGGAGAACCAGAUCCCGCUCUUCGUCUUCGCCAGGACGCUCGAGCUCCGCCACAGCACUCGUCACGAGGCCGCCAAGGCGCUGCACGCCGUCGUCUUACGCUUCAUCAUGGACGUGUGCCCCUUCAAGGAUAAGCGCGGCGAGGUGGCCAUCGGCGACCUGGCCAAGCAUGCGCACCUGCUGGAGGUCCUGUACCACUUCCUCGUCCCGGACGCCACUCUCUUGGACGACAGUACCACCGGUGGUGGUGGUGACCAGGGGGUGAUGGUGGAGGAGGAAAUACCCGCUACGGCGGCGGCCGACGGCGAGGAGGUGGACGACGAUGUCGAGGCGCAGCAGGCGAUGAAGCCUCCGCUCGAGGAGGAGGACUGCGAGAAGGUGAAGCAGGCCCUGUCGCAGGCCUCCAGGCUCAACGUGGCGCCGCUGCGGUUCAUUAAGAAGAACCUCAUCGCCCGCCCGAUGGCCCUGGUGGGGAAGAUCGCGCACAAGGUGCCGGCGCUGGCCGCGCUGGUGCCGGUGCUCAGCAAGCUGAUGCAGUCCGUGAACGUGGAGGCCCAGCUCAACGGCGGCGCGGAGCAGGCGCCGGAGGACGGGGCCAUCACGGCGCCGCGUGCGGACGAGAUCCGCAUCCCGUCGGUGGAGGAGCUGGCCCGGUGCGGCGUGCGGUUCACGCCGGCGCCGGAGGGCAUCGAGGGGAUCGCCUUCGACCGGGCGUCGGCCACGCUGCGGCUCCCCGUAAUCACACUGGACGCCAACACGGAGGUGGUCCUGCGCAACCUGGUGGCCUACGAGGCCGUGGCCGUGCGCGGCCCGCUGGUGCUGGCGCGCUACACGGAGCUGAUGAACGGCAUCAUUGACACGUCCAAGGACGUGAAGAUCCUACGGCGGAGCGGCGUGCUUGUCAACCACAUGAAGAGCAACAAGGAGGCGGCGGGCAUGUGGAACGGGAUGGCCCGGGCGACGCGGCUCACCAAGGUGCCCAGGCUGGACGCCGUCAUCUCGGCGGUGAACGCGCACCGGAGCAGGAGCGCGGCGGCGCGGGUGAGGAAGCUGUUCAGGAAGUACGUGUUCAGGUCGUGGAAGAUGCUGACGCUGCUCGCCUCCAUCGGGCUGCUGCUCAUGACAGCGCUGCAGACAUUCUGCUCCGCCUAUCCGUGUGAGAACCACUGGUUCAGCGGCAUGGUGCUGCCGGGGACGACGGACGACCCAGCGCAGUAGCAAAAUCCACCCGAACUCCAACGGAUACGAACAAUAACUUAAUUAAACUAUUAAAAUUCAUAAAAAUAUUAAAAAUAGAUAUACUUUAUUAAUUACUAUUAUAAUAUAUUUUAAAAUUUAAGUUCUAAUUCACUCUAUAUUAAAAGAUCUAAAAGAUAAAAUUUUAUUGACAGAAUUUUAUCUUUUUUAUAUCUUUUAUUAUUAAAUGAAUUAGAACUUAAAUUCUAAAAUAUAUUUAUAUAGUAAAUAAUGAAGUAUGUUUAUAGUUUUUUUAAAAAAAAUGGUAUUUGCUAGUUUGAUUAUGAGAUGAUUACGUAUAAAAUUUGAUUGCACAUGCAGAUUUGCUCAGCGUCAUGUGGUCAAACGUGGCUUUGUUUGUGGUUCAGCCAUUACGCGACCGGGCCUGACUCAUGCUCGUGCGUGUGUGGUUAUAUACUAUACUCGUGUAAACAGCUUGUUCCUUUUUUUCUUCGUGCGGUCUUAACCAGUCUGGCCUUAGCCUUCACAACCGAUAUUGUAUUUGGCAUAUACCAGUUUAAUCCAGAAUUUGAUGAUCACU